CUUACUAAUUCAUUAGAUAGAAUGAUUGAAUAAACCAUAAAGUUUGCUAUCUAUUAUGAUUUUUAUUUUCAGAUUUUGGAGAAAACAAUAAACUUAAAUAGAUAAAGAUAUUGAAAAUGGGGAUAAAGAUCCAACUGAAAAACUUACUACCUCAGAAACUGAAACUAAUAAUAGAUCUAGAAAAGAUUUUAAUUGAUAACAUUUUCACAGAUUUUGAAUUAGUUCGGGGCACUUUCAACUUUAGGCUAGUUUAGAUUUUAUGUAUUAUGGAUUGUUUUCGAAAAUAUAUUUAUAUUAAAUAUGACUUUUUUUUGAAAUAUAAGACAUAAAUUUCCACAUCUAGAAAAAUAUGUAUAUGCGGAAAAAUAGACGCCAUUUAAUGGAUUAAUAAUAUAUUUGGUGCUGGUAGAUGUUGCAUGAACCUUUUUAAAUUGAGUAUUUGCACUCAGUAUGUCUAGUUUGAGAAAAAAUGGAAUACUUAUGAUUAGAUUUUAGAUAAGUUGUGCAUAUUUUUUUGUAAAUGAUCUAGGAUCCAGAAAAUUGACUCAUAUAUCUUUUUCUUUGUGCAAUAUUAUAGAUUAAUUUUAGGAUUUUAGUCUAUUUUUAGUUUUCUGAAGAUUAAAUGUUUAUACCGACUUCUCCAAUAAAAGCUCGAAUACAAUAUCAGGUAUUAAUUAACAAUAACGGUUAUUUAAAAACCACGAUCUGAAGAUUUUAGUUUAUUUUUUAAUUUUGUGAAGAUAAAAUGUGUAAACUAACUUCUUCGAUAAAAACGCGAUUAAAAUAUAAUGUAUUAACUAACAGUAACAAUUAUUUUAAGAUUUUAGUUUAUUUUUAAUUUUAUAAAAGAUGUUUAUACCAACUUCUUCGAUAAAAGACGCGGGUAUAAUAUAAAGUAUUAACUAACGAUAACGGUUAUUUGAAAAAAAACUAUUAUACUAACUAACCAAAUUUAAUUUAAUAUGCUAGUUAUAAACCAAAAAAAAAAAACUAAUCCCCUCACAAUCUAAGCAAGCAUCCAAAAUACCCAAAAAUAUCAUAAUUCGGACUCUAAAUUUGACUUCCUUUACCAAUAGAAAGACAAACAUCGAACUAAAUCUCUUAAAAAUUGACCAACUCAGAAUACAUCAAAAAGACAUAACAAUGUAUAACUGACGAAUCAAUAACCAAACUCCAAAAUGGUGUCUAGAAUCCAAAUCUAGUUAAUGCUGGUCUCCCUUUCCAAAUACUGCAUUCGUUAAGAAUAAGAAAAGGAGAGAAAGAACAUUAAUACACAACAGAACCGAACCUUUGAACAUUAAUCACUUCGAAACCAAUCACAUCCUCUUCCUUUUGCUCUGAUAUCGUUUGUACUCGCUUGUUUUGUUUUGUUUUGGCCAUCGCCGAAUUCAAAUUCGAGGGCGUAGCUUACAACGAACUGAUUCCUUUCGUGUUUUGAUCAAUCGGUUGCUCUCGUUAUCAAUCGUUAUUCUGUCCUCUUCCAUGGCUGCGCCGCCUCUGUCUCUGUCUAAUAAGCCUGAGUUCUGGAACAGAAUGGAGGAAGCCACCCGUGAGAUUAUAGAGCAGGUUCAUCCAACACUUGCGUCCGAGGAUCGAAGAAGAGAUGUGACUGAUUAUAUGCAAAGACUAAUCAAAAUGACACUAGGAUGCGAGGUACAUGCUUUUGGAUCAGUCCCAUUGAAAACGUAUCUUCCGGAUGGAGACAUUGAUCUCACAACUUUUGGUGGACCGUGGAACGAUGAUGAACUGGCCCAUAAAGUUUUGGCUGUGCUUGAGAAUGAGAGGGAGAAACAUAAUGUGGAUCCCCGGUUUAUAAUUAAGGAUGUGAAGUUGAUACGUGCUGAGGUUAAACUUGUGACAUGUCUGGUGCAGAACCUUGUGGUUGAUAUCUCUUUUAAUCAGCUCGGUGGGAUUUCUACUCUGUGCUUUCUCGAGAAGAUGGAUCACCUCAUUGGAAAGGACCAUCUAUUCAAGAGAAGUAUCAUACUCAUCAAAGCUUGGUGCUUCUACGAGAGCCAUAUUCUCGGGGCUGUUCAUGGAUUGAUAUCCACAUAUGCUCUGGAGACGUUGGUCUUAUAUAUUUUCAAUCUCUUCCACUCAUCGCUGGAUGGUCCACUAGCAGUUCUAUACAAAUUCUUGGAGUAUUUCAGCAAGUUCGACUGGGAUAAGUAUUGCAUUAGCUUGAGCGGUCCUGUCUGCCGUUCCUCUCUACCAGAAAUUUUUGUUGAUACUCCGGAAAAUGGCGGGCAAGAUCUACUGCUGACAAGUGAUUUUCUCAAUGACUGUUUGGUGAUGUACUGUGUACCUUCACAAGGUUUAGAGACAAAUCCACGUGCGUUUCCAUCAAAGUAUCUUAAUAUAAUUGACCCGCUUAAAGAAAAUAACAAUCUUGGUCGCAGCGUAAACAAAGCUAACUUCAAUCGGAUACGAACUGCAUUCACAUUCGGUGCUCGUAAGCUUCGGCAAAUCAUCUUGCAGUCAGAGGAAGACAUAAGUUUUGAGCUUCAAAACUUCUUCUCGAACAUGCUACUACGCAAGCAUAGGAGUGGCCAUCAUUCUCUCAAUCGGAUCGAAAACGGUGAAGUAUUAAAUGGAAACGUUGCGGAGAAACUGCAAGAGAAAUCAUGUCUUGCUGAUUCUAAAAGAGUUAAAGAAGAGACACAUGCCGGCACUCCAAAUGUUCUGGCUGACCUCACAGGGGAUAAUGACAGCCAGUUUUACAGUUUGGUAUAUGGACGCUGGCAGCUUGGUUAUGUCCAAAACGGUCCUAUGUCUCCACUAUGGACUCAGCUUCCGGAUAACAACGAUUCAUGGGAAGUGUUUCCACUAAACGCCAAUGGAGCUCAUAGCUUUCUUAUGAACCCUCAGAUGAUUCCAAAUGCUGAUUUUGGUCUCGAGGAAUUGCCUACGCAUCAAGGCACUGAGACAUACUUCCCCAAUAUGAACCAAUACAGGGAUAGUAGACCUCCGUUCUCCCGAAGAGGAAACUCACGACGUAACACAUCAGAAAUGAAUUUCCGUGACGGAAACAGCCGUGAGGGACGAGACCAUCAUCUUCAUCAUUAUCCCAACCAAACAAAUGGUGAUAUGAGUCAGGCUGGUAUACUUGGAAGCUUCUUUGGUUCCAAUGGGUUGAUAAAUCAUCCAUGUGAGCCUCUACCAGCGGAAGUACGUGACCAUCCUGAGGGAAGCAAGCAAAGUGAUAUCGCAACAUCUACACCCUCCUCCAUGCAGGAAGAUCGGCAAUCAUACAAUUUGACGGAUGAUCAGGAGUUCCCUUCUUUGUAGCUCUGAUCUGAUCACAGAAAACUUGCUCGUUAGACCGGUAUAGGAACUGGUAUAGCUUUCUAACUUGUUUGUUUUGUUUCCUUAAGUUAUUCGUAUCCCAAAAAAGAAAAACAAAAACAAAAAGAAGGAACUGAUUUGUUUUGGGUUAUGUUUAUUGUUUCCCGUUACUUUUGUUGUUUCUAUAGAUUUUAAUCUAUGUAACUUCAUUGUCGAAAUCUUAAACUCUUGGACAAAACCUUCGAAGGGGUUUGUAUUUAAUAUACUUAGAGAGGUUUGCG